GCUGACCUUGGCCAGCUGACCUUGGCUGGCAGGCUGGGCCUGCCCUGCGUCGCCAUGGACCAGGACUAUGAGCGGCGCCUCCUCCGGCAGAUCGUCGUUCAGAACGAAAACACAAUGCCCUGUGUUGCGGAGAUGCGGCGAACCCUGACACCUGCCAACUCCCCUGUGUCCUCCCCCAGUAAGCACGGAGACCGCUUCAUCCCCUCCAGGGCUGGCGCCAACUGGAGCGUGAAUUUCCACAGGAUCAAUGAGAAUGAGAAGUCCCCCAGCCAAAACCGGAAAGCCAAGGAUGCCACCUCAGACAAUGGCAAAGGGCUGCAGAAGAGGGGCCUGAGUUCUGACAGCGCCCUCUCCACCCCCCAGGUGAGCACGCACGGCUACUCGCAGAACCAGAUCCUGGUCUGGAAGUACCCGUCCCUGACCCAGGUGGCAAAGCUGACCGGGCACUCCUACAGGGUCCUGUACCUGGCCAUGUCCCCUGACGGAGAGGCCAUAGUCACCGGUGCUGGGGAUGAAACGCUGAGGUUCUGGAACGUCUUUAGCAAAACCCGUUCAACAAAGGAGUCCGUGUCAGUCCUCAACCUCUUCACCAGGAUCCGGUAAAGCCUCGGGCCUCAUUGUCCAGGUUGGAAGAAUCCCACCUCUCAUCGGCGUGCAUGGACCCUCUCCACCCCAGCACACAGUCCCUGGAGGAGGCAGCCGGGGCGGGCAGGGAGUCGGGCCUGGAGAGCCCCUGAAGAUUCUCAUUAAAGCCUGAUUGCGAACCCUGGCAGCCGGUGUUUGGGGCGGGGACGUGGCCGGGCCCCAGCAGGAGAGGGGGCCCCAGCAGGGACCAUCUGUUUGGUUGCUCUGCGUGAGCACGAUGGACGCCUCCUGGGACCCAGCCUGCUUCCGUCCGAGUCCGCUGCUGCACCGUCAGGGCCGCAUGCCCUUCCCAGAAGCACGUGCUCGCCGCCACCACCAUUGCCACUCAUGCCUACAGGACAGACAGCUGGACGCCAGGUGGUCAGCUGGGGCUGGGCGGACAGCUGCGGUCAGCCCAAGGAUCAAAGGGACAGAGCCACCUGAUAGGUUUCUCUGUGGCCAGUCCUGCUGUCCUGGCCCCGGCAGCCAUGCCACUGACUUUCCCAGCAGCACGGCGCCACGCCAGAAGCGGGCCCUGGGCAGUCUCCGGGUCGAAGGAGGUCAUCUUGAAAUGGACUUUUGUCUGAGGAAAACAAGUCAGGUCCACUCGCUGUGUUGUGCUUACCCUGACCCCGCACUGUCCUUUACUAACAGGGGUCACGGCCCCGUUUUAUACCCAAGCAGGACUCGGGUUCUUGCGGCUUGCUGGGCAGCCGGUCAGGGUAACCCAAGGGCAGAAUUGACCCUAAAGGCUGGGUCCUGUGGGCAUCUGGCCCCUCCUCCCCAGCCCCUUCCCCUACCCCAGGCCACCACAUUGAGUCCUAUCCGUCUGUGCCAUUGGCCGUGGGGCAGCCAGGGGAGGAGAUGCCCAUAGGUCCUUCCAGAAACUAACUGAGCUGCUCCUAACCUACGUCACAAUCCUCUGCCCUGCCAGCUGCACAUGGGCCCAUCCCCUUCUGCCUCAUCUCCAGACCAGGAGACCUCGAGGGAGGAAGGGAGGGCCUGGGUGUGGCCAGGGGUGUAAGCAGCAGUCCUCCCCUCCUGGGAUCACGGGGUGCUGACGGAGUGGACAGGCGAGGCAGGCCUGGGCUAGGUGGGGGUCCGGCAGAGGCAGGGGCGGCCUGCGCAGGGCCCCUCCAGGUCCCUGUGGCCUCGUGCUCCCCUCCACGGGCCUGUGCGUGCAGGUGUAUAUAUGUACUUGUGGUUUCUCUUUGCAUUUGUUUCUGUGUUCUUGUAGAUGGGUCCCAGAAAAGUUUAAGGCUGGUUGGGGGAGGGGAGCAGUGGCUCACCCGCUAUGCAUUGUGGGGGACAGCGCUCGCAGCUCCCGAACCUGAACCAGGGGAAUGGUGGGAGCCCACCUCCCCAGCCCCCGGCCCCGGAUCUGCCUGCCGCAGGGGCAGAUGAGGGACAGUGUACAUAGAUGUGUGUAUUC